AUGAAGACCUUUAUCGCCAUCUUAAGUUUCGGUAUGCUCAUGGCAUUUGCCCAGGCCACCACCGAUUACUGUACAGCAAAUUUAUGUUUCAAUAAAACGACACAUAUUGCUUGUGGUGAAAAGGAAUUUGAUUCAAAAUGUCCUUCCAAUGCCGCCUUUGUCGCAAUCGAUGAUAAAUUGAAAGCAGAAAUUGUUCGUGCCCACAAUGAGAAACGUAAUUUGGUUGCUGGUGGCGGUGUGGACCAUCUAAAACCUGCAUGCCGUAUGGCCACCAUGGAAUGGGAUGAUGAAUUGGCUGAAAUUGCUUCGUACAAUGUUCUGCAGUGUAAAAUGGCCCAUGACAAGUGCCGCAAUACCAAGACCUUUAUGUAUGCUGGUCAAAACUUGGCAUGGAGAUCAUACUGGGGAGCAACAAAUGCCACAAAACUUUUCCGUAACUCAUUCGCUUUGUGGUGGAAUGAAGUUAAGGAUGUUAAAAUGGAUUUCAUUGAUUCGUAUCCUCGUGGAUAUAAGGGACCUCAAAUUGGCCAUUUGACUGUUAUGGUAGCCGAUCGUAAUAUCCGUGUGGGCUGUGCUGCUGCCAGUUAUUUGGAUACAAGAGUUGAUGGUGGUCGUCAAAUCUUUUUGAUUGCCUGUAAUUAUGCCACCACAAAUAUGCUUGAGUUCCCCAUCUAUGACAAAUGCAGUUCACCAGCAACAAAUUGCAAAACCGGAACAAAUCCUCAAUUCCCCAAUUUGUGUUCAGCUUCUGAAAAGUAUGAUGUCAAUAAGUGGUAUUAA